UCCAUUAUAUAUAUCGGCGCUUGUACAUACUCGUGGGUUCAGUCCGAAACCAACCUGAAAUGCCCCCUAGAGACUUCCUGCUCACCUACUGUGAAAUUAAGGACCAAAUGGACAAACAGCAAUGGCACAGCGCUCCGCUUGAGUCGCUGAGGCCAAGGUCCCUCCACGCUAAGUCUCCGAUUCCACUCCAGAGUCAUCUGAAUCCGCCCAUCUCUAACA